AUAUAUAUGCAUAUCAAACAGGGCUCUCUACAUUAAGAAAUUUGAAAUACAAUGGAGCAUAAUCUUAUGGCUUCCUUUCUUCUAUUCAUUCUCAUGUCUAUGCUUCACUUUCAAUUUGGAUUUCCACUCUCCUCAAACAGUAACCCUAAUGAAGAUUUAAAAUACAUGAAUUUUGUACAAGAUGCAAGUGAGUUACUAGAAAAUGAAGAAUAUGAUUACAUAGUUAUCGGAGGAGGAACAGCAGGGUGUCCAUUAGCUACAACAUUAUCUGCAAACUUCUCAGUCCUUCUUCUUGAGAGAGGUAAUGUACCAACCAAAUAUCCAACCGUAUUAAGCGAACAAGCUUUCCCAAACGUCUUCACUACUGAAGACGACGGCGAAAAUCCUUUCCAACGAUUCGUUUCCGAGGAUGGUGUAGAGAUUAUACGAGGACGAGUCCUUGGCGGUUCAAGCAUGCUGAAUGCUGGAUUCUAUUCAAGGGGACAUCCCGAGUUUUUUGAUAUUUCUGGGGUUGAUUGGGACAAGGAAUUGGUGGAAAAGGCUUAUGAAUGGGUUGAAGAGAGUGUGAUAUUUGAAGCAAAUAUCAAUAAUGGUUGGCAAUAUGCUUUUAGAAAGGCAUUGUUGGAAGCUGGAGUUGGUCCUUAUCAUGGAUUUGAUUUGAACCAUCGUAUAGGGACUAAAAUUGGAGGGUCAAUCUUUGAUAAGGAAGGAAAUAGACAUGGAUCUGUGGAGCUUUUAAAUAAGGCUCAACCCAAUAAUCUUAAAGUUGGAAUUCAAGCUGUGGUACAGAAGAUACUCUUUUCUGAUUUAUCAGCAACUGGGGUUUCAUAUUCAGAUUCAAAAGGAAACUUACACACAGCAUCCAUCCGCAAAAAUGGUGAGAUAAUUGUAAGUGCAGGAACCAUUGGAAGUCCUCAACUACUCCUUCUAAGUGGGAUUGGUCCAAAAUCUCACCUUGAAUCCUUAAAAAUACCUGUCGUUCUUCACCAACCAUAUGUUGGGCAAUCCAUGUCGGACAAUCCCCGUUACACUGUUCAUGUCAUCCUUCCAUAUCCAAUGGCUACCUCAGCUGUAAAAGCUGUUGGAACUUUAGAGAACAAUGUCCAUCUUCAAUCUAUCACAGGCUUUUUACCAUUUUCAUUACCACCAUCGUUUAGCCUUGUUCCUCCCGGACUCGAUUCUGUCAAUUUGAGCUUAGCCAGCCUUGUUGGAAAAUUCUCUGAGGUUCUUUCUGAAGGUUCAUUAUAUCUAACUUCUUCAACUGAUGUGAAGGAAAAUCCCAGUGUAAGUUUUAAUUACUAUUCUCAUCCUGAUGAUCUUGCUAAAUGUGUUAGAGGAGUAAGAAAAAUGGGAGAUUUGCUUAAAACAGAAGCGAUGGAAAAUAUUAAGAUACAAGAUUUUGAGGGUAAUAAAAGAUUUGCAUUUUUGGAACCUUCGUUGCCGGGAAAUUUGUCGGAUGUUGGUUUGGUUGAAGAGUUUUGUAAGAAAACAGUGACGACUUAUUGGCAUUAUCAUGGAGGAUGUUUGGUAGGAAAAGUUGUGGACGGUAAUUAUAAAGUCAUUGGAAUUGAAAAUUUGCGUGUUGUUGAUGGCUCCACUUUCGUUGAUUCACCUGGAACUAAUCCUAUGGCUACUGUCAUGAUGCUCGGCCGAUAGGAAGGUCUUCUAGUAAUCUUAUGGAGAUCAAGAUGAAGAUUGAGAUUUGAAGGACAGAGCCGGCGAAGAGGAAGAUGAAAACACACGAUGAAGAGGGGGACUGAAAUCCAUGACGAAGAGGAAAACAAGGACUCAUGGUGAAAACCCACAUAUUCGACGAAAACUCAGAUCCGCGCAAAAAGGAAGAGGAAAACCUAGAUCUGACGAAGAGAAAGACGAUGAGAAGCAAGGAUGAAGAUGGCGAAGACAAUGAUUAUUUGGAAAAGAUGAUGAAGAUGAGA